CUUCGUCCGAUUGUUCGGAACCUGUAUUGUCAUCGACAUGGCACACAGUGUGAUGCGGAUCGUAUUUUGUGCCUACUUUGUAGCGUCGUUUGCUUCCGAGCCAGUUCGCAAUGUGAGGGGAAUGAUCUCCGACGUUUUCACGGUGGUGGGGUAUUUUUAUUUCCUGUUUAUGAUUUGCAAAAAGGGGUCUCAACUAGAAGGCGGGAGUGGCGAUUUUAUUAAAAUUUGUGAAAAUGGAUUCGGGGAAAGUGAGAAAUUGUAUGGCAGCUUCCUUUUUAGACCGCGUCACCCAAAGUUGAGGAAGAUUUAUUUGGACACGGAUUAUUUUAGAGUGAAUCUUGGCCUGAUUACUCCAAUCGUUGGAACCGUGACAACGAAUUUGAUUGUAUUGAUGCAAUUUCAAAAUGGGGACAAAACAUGAGUAUGCAGUUAUGUACAUACAUGCGACGUGAAUUUAUGUGAUUAUAAGAAUAUGUUUGUUUUUGAGUUUAGUUAAGAUAUGAAUUUCUCUGUAACAUGGACGAAGAUUGU